AUGACAGGAAGAGCUAGAGCCAGAGCAAGAGGAAGACCUCCAGGACAGGAGACUGCUAUUCCUUCUGUGGGAGCUGCAUCUGCUCAACAGACUUUGCCAAGUCAGCAACCCAGCCGUCAGCAACCUGAGCGGCCAUGUGUUCCUCCAUCAGUGUCAGAAGAACCUGGUGGCCGUGGACGACAGAGGGGCCCUCGGAGUGUUCCACAAGGCCAGAACGAGAGAAGGCCAGAAGGAUUACAGAUUUCGGCAGGAUUUCAGGAAUUGUCUUUAGCAGAUAGGGGUGGACGUCGUAGAGAUUUCCAUGACCUCGGAGUAAAUACUCGGCAAGCCAUAGAACAUGUUCAAGAAUCAAAAACUGGUUCUUCAGGUAUUAUGAUAAAAUUAACUACAAAUUACUUUCGUUUGACGUCUCGACCCCAGUGGGCUUUAUAUCAGUACCAUGUUGGCUAUAGUCCUGAGAUGGAAGCACGCCGUCUUCGAUCAGCUUUGCUCUUUCAGCAUGAAGAGCUAAUUGGAAAGACACAUGCAUUUGAUGGAUCAAUAUUAUUCAUGCCAAAAAAACUAGGGAACAAGGUUACUGAAGUGUUUAGUAGGACUCGAAAUGGAGAGGAUGUGAAGAUAACAAUUACAUUGACUAAUGAGUUGCCACCUACUUCACCUACAUGUCUGCAGUUUUACAACAUCAUUUUUAGAAGGCUUUUGAAGAUGUUGAAUUUGCAGCAGAUUGGACGUAAUUAUUACAACCCCGGUGACCCAAUCAGCAUCCCUAAUCACAGGUUGAUGGUUUGGCCGGGCUUCACAAGUUCUAUCCUCCAGUAUGAGGAAAGUAUUAUGUUAUGUACAGAUGUGAGCCAUAAGGUUCUUCGCAGUGAAACAGUGUUGGAUUUUAUGUACAGUCUGUAUUACCAGGUUGAAGAACAAAGAUUUAGAGACGCCUGUGCUAAAGAGCUGAUAGGUUUAAUUGUCCUUACAAAGUACAAUAACAGAACAUACAGAGUUGAUGACAUCGACUGGGAUGCCAAUCCACAGUGUACCUUUAGAAAAGCAGAUGGUUCUGAGAUCAGCUACGUGGACUACUACAGAAGGCAAUAUAAUCAAGAAAUUACUGACUUGAACCAGCCUGUCUUGAUCAGUCAGUCUAGGAGGAAGAGAGGAAGCAUGAUGCUAGGACCUGUGGUUCUAAUUCCAGAGCUGUGCUUCCUAACAGGAUUAACUGAGAAGAUGCGUAAUGAUUUUAAUAUGAUGAAAGACUUGGCUGUUCAUACGCGACUGCCACCUGAGCAAAGGCAACGUGAAAUUAGAAGACUUAUUGACUACAUCCAAAAAGAUGACAAUGUUCAGAAGGAACUCCGAGACUGGGGUUUAAGCUUUGAUUCUAAUUUAUUAUCCUUUACGGGAAGAGUUGUUCAAGGAGAAAAGAUUCUUCAAUCAGGAAAUGUGUUUGAUUACAAUCCUCAGUUUGCUGAUUGGUCAAAGGAGACUAGGGGAGCGCCCUUAAUCUGUGCAAAGCCUCUGGACAACUGGUUAUUAAUAUACACACGGCGCAACUAUGAUAUUGCCAAUACAUUACUUCAAAAUCUGUUUAAAGUCACGCCAUCUAUGGGAAUCAGAAUGAACAAGGCAACCAUGAUUGAAGUAGAUGAUAGAACAGAAGCUUAUUUAAGGGUUUUACAGCAAAGUAUUACCCCUGACACGAACAUAGCAGUUUGUGUUUUGUCUAGUUCCCGAAAGGAUAAGUAUGAUGCUAUCAAGAAAUAUUUAUGUACAGAUUGUCCCAUUCCAAGUCAAUGUGUGAUUGCUCGCACUUUAAGCAAGCCUCAGACUGCUAUGGCCAUAACAACAAAAAUUGCCUUACAAAUGAACUGUAAAAUGGGUGGAGAACUUUGGAGCGUUGAGAUCCCACUGAAACAGGUAAUGGUUGUGGGAAUUGAUUGUUACCAUGACACUGUAUCUGGAAAGCAGUCAAUUGCAGGAUUUGUCGCUAGCCUGAAUCAAACAAUGACACGGUGGUUCUCCCGCUGUGCUGUUCAAGGUCGUGGGCAAGAACUUGUGGAUGGGCUCAAAGCCUGCUUGCAAACUGCUCUAAGAGACUGGUUCAAGUGGAAUAAGUACUUGCCCUCUCGUAUUAUUGUGUAUCGUGAUGGUGUAGGAGAUGGACAACUAAACACUUUGGUUAAUUACGAAGUGCCUCAGUUUCUGGAUUGCUUGAAGAGUAUUGGUAAAGACUACAAUCCAAGACUUACUGUGAUAGUUGUGAAGAAAAGAGUGAAUACCAGAUUCUUUGCACAGUGUGGUGGAGCACUUAAAAACCCACCCCCUGGUACUGUUGUUGACGUGGAGGUUACCAGACCAGAGUGGUAUGAUUUCUUCAUUGUGAGUCAGGCAGUGAGAAAUGGUUGUGUUGCACCCACUCAUUAUAACGUUAUUUAUGACACUAGCAAACUGAAACCAGAUCACAUACAACGUUUAACCUACAAACUUUGCCACAUGUACUAUAACUGGUCGGGUGUUGUCAGAGUACCUGCUCCUUGCCAAUAUGCUCAUAAACUGGCUUUCCUUGUCGGUCAGAGUAUUCACAGAGAACCAAACCUGUUGCUUUCAGACAGACUUUACUAUCUUUGA